CUAUAACUAGGUAAUGUCUCGCAAGCUGCACGCGUGGGCGCGCGUCCUGCUGGCUAUAGCACAGAUCAACCUGCGGGGUUACUCCGAAAAACGUUAUCAGAAGUUUCGAAUGUUGCCCUCCCUCUCACGCAAAGCGAGAUGCCAGCGCGAGCGACGGUAACAGAUAGACCCGAAACUACGUAAACGGUGUUUCAGAGUAGACCUCCUGUUUGUCUGGGUGGCUGGGUGAGUACUAGGUAAUGUCUCGCAAGCUGCACGCGUGGGCGCGCGUCCGGCCGGCCAUCGCGCAGAUCAACCUGGCCUCGUGCUGCGUCGUGCCGCCCUCGCUGCACGCCUUCUGCCGCGCCAACGACGUGCAGCUGCUGACGCACGCCGACCCGCCAGAUCUACUCUCCAUAGCAGCUGUCAAAACUCUCUCAGACGCGGGAGUAGGUUGCCACAACUUGGAUUGGUGCGCUCGGUACCAGGUUCACAUCAAGUGCAGGGGCGUGUUGGCGCUCAAAGGAUACGUGUGUAAGGGCACGCUCGGCAGCCAUAAGUAGGGGAGACCGGGGUGGAAAGGACCAGUUGAUAAAGGGAUCUUGGUUUUGGAAAUGUUUUGUUAUCUAUGGUUACGGGUAAUGGUGCGCGAUAAUAGUGUAAUGCCCGUUUUCACCAUCAAUCCCUAAUUUUUAAGUGACCCCUUUGGUAACAAAUAACAGGAAUUUUGUUUUCAUAGGGGUCACUCAAAAAUUAGGGAAUAAUGGUGAAAACGGGCAUAAUUGUAUGGUAUUUAAGUCACUGAUAAAUACAUAGAAUGUAGCAUUUAAACCUUUGAUAAAAUAUGCACGAUUUCUAAUAACUUGAAAAAAUAUAAUUGCCUAAGAUGGAAGUCGAACCCACGACAAUAGUUUUCAAGUUUUUAGAAAGUUACAGAUGAAACUUAAUAAUAAAAAAGUUACUUGAUGAAAUAAUUGUCAAAAGCGAGAUUCCUUUAUCAAUGUGGACGAAACGCUUCUUUUAAAAUCUUAAUUAAUUUUAAAGAUCGAUAAGCGUCUUCUAUACAGUAGUUCAGUUGCGAGCAGUAUUUCUUUAUUUAUUUCAUUCCAUUAAUUAUUGUCAUUCCUAACGAACUACUAGGGACAAUCGUGUAUUGUCAGUACGCAGUUAAAAUAUGCUCUGAUAAUAAUAAAAAUAAAGUUCAGAUUCGCUUGGACUAAUUCUCAUAGAAAUAUCUAAAUAAACAUUUAGAAGCAUUUUAAAAAGUAUAUAAAUAAUGCAUUUACCGAAGAUGUUCUCUAUGUAUUUCCUAAUAAGUGCUCGCAACUGAAAGUAAAAAAUGCGUAUAACUGCCCCAGUUGUGUCUAUGGUUCUGAAAUGUACUUACGAAUGUAGACCCUUUUGUUGAUGAUAUAAAGAUCAAAAUUGUAUGCAGAUUGUGAAAUAGUAAUUCCAUUGUGAUAUUAGCCUAUGAAGAACAUUAUGCAGGCUUAGAAAUAAGUGCACAAAGCAGUGUGAUAAAACAUGGCUCUCUUGACAGCUGUCAAAAAUAUGUAAACACAUUUCCUGUUAUGGCAAUGCGAUAAAAAGGCGUACUUUAAUAAACUGAACUGAUGUUAAUGACCACACUUGAUUCAGUUUCAAGCACUUAAUUGAGUUGAGCGUUUUGUAUAGGUCGUCCAACGAAAGUUGAGACAAACGCGUACUCACACUGAAGUAUUUGAAUACAGAACACAACACAUUGCAAAUACCAGUUUAAAUAUCGAAUACAAGCUACUUCGUUCUUGUUGAGGCCUUGUCCAGGUGGGCGAAUUCGCCGCGAAUCCUACGCGCGAACACGGGCGUAUUGUAUGACGAGAUUUACGCGCGAAUUUUCAACUCGCGCGUCUUGUGGACGCAAUGUAUUGGCUCCUAGUAUCUCGCCAAUGCGCGUAUGGAUUCUUCGCGCGUAGAAUUCGCCCUCUUGGACAGGCCUUAACUCUGCAGGCGAAAGCAUUUGUUAGUCCAACUUCGCAAGAUGUCAGCGCAGACAGCGUAUACAAAUCUUUGCUUGUGUUGAUGGCCCCAAGUCUCAACUCUCGUUGAGCGACCUAUAUGGACCAUAAUGAUUUUGACAGAUGUCAUUGGAGCACGGUUUAUAACGAUAAAGUUAAAAUUAUAGUGUGCGAUCUAUGAGUGCUUACGAAAUAUUUGUGAUACAUGUAGUGGUUAAUCAAUAGUGUAUACAGCCUGAUUCUUACGCGCGAGAAAGAGACGACGUUAUGUUAUGAUUCUUGUCACACGAAUGUGUGUGACGUCACGCGCAGAUUCACUUACAAAAAAUACCCUCAAAUAAUUUUAACUUUAAUGGAACCCAAAUAUUCGAAAAGUGUAAUCUCAAAGUGAAACUGUUAAAGUCAAAAUUUCUUUAUUUGUUUAUUUAGACUUUUAUUAAAUAGUGCUUACAAAAACAAUUGAAUAAGCCAAACAGCAUCUUAAGUGUUUGUAUUAGAUGCUAUUUUUCAACAGAUAUGUAAAGUUUGACGUGCUGUCGACUACAUUUUAAAAUUAUGUAUACGAAUUUAAUUUUGAAUGAUUUUUUAUUUUUAUCAUUUACUGAUGUUUUGAUACUUAUACGCCCGUUUUCACAAACAUUACUAUGAGUUCUCACAGUGCGCGUGGACGCGCGGGGUCACAUACGAACCAAUCACAGAGCUCUAUUCAACGCUGUGCGUUCAAUUUGCUGCUUCACUUAAGCAAGCAUCGUUUGUGAACACGGGCGUUAUUUAAAGGUAUAGGUAUAGGGUUACUAACAUUGUUAUUAUGAAAUGCACUAAAUGUUACGGGAGCAAGAUGCACGGUUAUGUUCAAUAGUAUUUAACGUAUAAAACUAUAUGUAUGAAAACAGUAUUUUAUAAAUAACAUUCCUGACUUUUCUUCUUGUAAAAGUCAAAUACUACAAUGCAGAAAUGUAAAACAAUGUUAAUAAAUGAAACAAGUGUUUAAACGAAUUUGUGAAAUGAAUGAAAUAUUUAACCAAGUAUGGGGGGCAAUUCUCGUGAGUAAUAUAGUUUUUUUUUUCAAGUAGAGGGAAGUCAAAACCACGUAAACUUAAAUGGCGUCAGAUUUGACUGGAUCACAUCAGUUUCCCGAAGCAGUGGUGGAAUAUUGGGACAUAUGCACUUAAAAUCCAACUUGCUAUGAAUAAAUGAAUUUGACUGUGUUUUUUUAAAGGUGAGCAGCGAUCGAAAUCGGAUUUUUACAAAAAACGGUUUUAUCUAUUCAGAGAUGCUCUGUAUUGCAUGAGAAUCUACCCCCUAUUUGAGACGGUUUAAUUAGUUUGGGAAUAAAUGAAUAACAAGGCUUGUUAUAAAGAUGUCAAACACUCUCUUUGCGAAGUUUUUUUUUAAAUAUACCUAAGUUAAUUAAUUAAUGGUUUAAUUUAUAUGUUACUUUGAAUUUUGAUAUCUCCACAAUACUUUUAUUGUUACAUAUUGAAUUAAAAAUUAUGUUGCAACUCACAUAAUAUUUUAUCAAAUUAUUUAUGUAAAAAAAACGUAAAAGCUUAUGUAAAAUUAUUAUAAAAAAUGAAAAAGUACUUAGUUAUAACAUUAUUACUUAAAUAUGCAAAAAUGUUACUUAUUUAUAAUGUAAGUUGAUACUGAAAUUGUGUUGAAAUUAAAGUAUUUAUUGUACAGGUA